AUUCAGUUUAUCGUCAACCAGCAGCAGUACCACAUUACCACGCGCAGAGAGAAAACUGGCCAUAAUGAUAGCACCAAGCUUUGUCUUGCUAUUUGCUCUGUUCAUUGGUCUCUCGACGGAAAAAAAAGUUAAACUAAGGGCUAAACAAGGUGAUUGUGUGCAUCAAUAUAGUGCAUUAACAAUCGUCGAGCAAACCUGUACCAUGAUGAGGACUGGAUUAGUGCGCUUCAAUCCCGCUUGUAACUCUUUACAAGUUUGUCACAAUCGCCAUUGGGCACCGUACAGCGUUGCUAAGCCAAACCCAUCACCAUCACCCAAUCGUACAAGUUUGAUUGGCCACUGGAAGAUGGACGAGGAGACUGGGAUCUAUGUUGAUGAUGACUCUGGUCAUGAAAACCACGGUAUUGCCAGUGGAGGUCCAACAACUGCUCGUGGCAAGUUUAGUCGCGGUCGCUGCUUCAGCUCAGCUGGAUUAAUCACC